UAUUGAUUACCCCUUUCACUGCGCGCUUGAUGGCUUGGUCGAGCUCGAACUUCCAAGUUCAAGUAACUGGCUGGACUUAGUUUGUUUAUCGGAGUUCAGGGUCUACUUCAGGAGGCUUUUCUUUAACCAGCCCGGGGUUGAACACAAUAACACGCUGUGUGGCUAUGCGUCAACACAGGGUGUAGUUGAGGUGAGAAGAAAUCAGGAACAGAAUAACAAACUGACCACGAAGCCAGUGGAUGGGAGCUGUGCCUGAUUUGACCUGGAUCCACAGGAAGCCUUAAUCCAACGCUGUUCCUCUGAAUAAUUGGUCCUGACAAAUCCUCGCCAGUCCUAAUUACACCACUCACUCACAUCGAGGAAGGUGUGUCAGUGCGACUUUGAUCCUCCAAAGUGGUGACGCCUUUCCAGCGGCACAAAGAAGUUGGGAUGGACACAGAAUGUUUCUUGAAUCCAAACUACAACUAGCAAUGCACACUUCUUGAUGAUAACCUGUUAUGCAACGUCACACCGCUGUGUCCAAUCCAUCAGUAACCCGCUCCGUUUGAUCAGAGUCGCUCGCUUGUGGUAUGACACCGUUUAGCUGGAGAAGGAAGUGAGUGUGCAUGAUGGCACUCUACUGGAGGAGAAUUAAAUUAAAGUCAAUUUUUCUACUUUUUGGAGCUUGUUUUGUGGGAUAUUUACUUUUUAUGAGGAAUAGUUCAGACAGUAUGAGCUCUACAAGACGACGAGACGCCCCCGGGCCGCAGGACCCAGAGACGGACGAAGAGUUCCUCACGAAGCCUGUGUAUGAGAAGCCUCCGCUGGAUGUGAACGGACUGGGAGAACUGGGGAGAGCGGUCAAGCUCGAUCUGCAAGGAGAGGAUAAGAAAAAGGAGCAAGAGAGCAUCGAUAAACAUCAGAUUAAUAUAUAUGUCAGCGAUAAGAUUUCACUGCACCGCAGGUUGUCUGAAAGGCGAAAUCCACUUUGCAAGGAGGUGAAGUACGACUACCGGUCGCUGCCCACCACCUCGGUGGUCAUUGCCUUCUACAACGAGGCCUGGUCAACCCUGCUGAGGACGGUGCACAGCGUGCUGGAGACGUCCCCUGACAUCCUGCUCAAAGAGAUCAUCCUGGUGGACGACUACAGCGACCGAGCGCACCUGAAGGCUCCGUUGGAAGCCUACAUCUCUGGCUGGAGGAAGGUGCGCUUAAUUCGCGCAAAUAAGAGGGAGGGGCUAGUGCGCGCCCGGUUGCUAGGGGCCUCCAUCUCUACCGGUGACGUGCUGACUUUCCUGGACUGCCACUGCGAGUGUCACACCGGCUGGCUGGAGCCCCUGCUCCAAAGGAUCAAGGAGGAGCCGUCGGCCGUGGUGUGUCCGGUGAUCGACGUGAUCGACUGGAACACCUUCCAGUACCUGGGCAACGCCGGGGAGCCCCAGAUCGGAGGCUUCGACUGGCGGCUGGUCUUCACCUGGCACGUCGUACCGCCCUACGAGCAGCAGCGACGCCGCUCGCCCAUCGAUGUCAUCAGGUCUCCUACCAUGGCUGGGGGGCUGUUUGCCGUGAAGAAGGACUACUUCCUGUACCUGGGGACCUAUGACACCGGGAUGGAAGUGUGGGGCGGAGAGAACCUGGAGUUCUCCUUCAGGAUCUGGCAGUGUGGGGGCACCCUGGAGGUCCACCCCUGCUCCCACGUGGGCCACAUCUUCCCCAAGAAGGCCCCCUACUCACGGAGCAAGGCGCUGUCCAACAGCGUGCGUGCUGCCGAGGUCUGGAUGGAUGACUACAAGAACCUCUACUACCACCGCAACCCCCACGCUAGGCUGGAAGCCUUCGGGGACGUGACGGCGCGGCUGCAGCUGAGACAGAAGCUGGGCUGCAAGAGCUUCAAGUGGUUCCUGGACACCAUCUACCCAGACCUCUCUGUCCCGGAGGACCGGCCCGGCAUGUUCGGCAUGCUGAAGAAUCGCGGCAUGACCAACUACUGCUUCGACUACAACCCUCCUAACGAUAUCCUGGUGUCGGGCGAAAGGAUCAUCCUGUACUCGUGCCACGGCAUGGGCCAGAACCAGUUCUUUGAGUUCACCUCCGCCGGGGAGAUCCAGUACAACACCAGGGCCCCGGAGGGCUGUGCUGCGGUCGACAACGUGUCCACCUACCUCACCGUCAUGCACUGCAGCGGUCACCUCAAACCCGUGCCGCCCGACCAGAAGUUUGAGUUCCGGAAGGACGGGACCCUGUUCCACCCGGGCAGCAACAAGUGCCUGGAGGCGGUGUCCAAGACGGACAACGGCAAGCCGGCGCCCGGCCUGCGAACGUGCAGCGACUCGGCCAACCAGCACUGGGUCUUUGAGGAGAGGAUGCCCUAGUACAGCGGGGGGGCGGGGGCUCGUCUCUCAUUGGUGGGACCCUGGUCAAGUGUGAGGUGAUCAAAAUCGGGGUCGAAUUAAGAGAUGUUCUACGUUUACCGUCUCCUUCUGAGAAUCGACCAGAACGCAAGGAAGGAGUGGUUUUCCGCCCUUUUUCCGGGCUUUUAUUUUGAACUUUUGGUUUCUCAUCACAGCUUGCUGUUAUUGGACCAAUUAGGAUAAGUACAGGUGACCUGCACCAUGAAGUCAUUUUCAGCUCAAUUUUAUAAUGGAAGAUGAAGAUAACGUCGUUCGCUCAAUCUCACGCAAAGUUUAUGCUGGUCCACACAUCGGGGAGGGACGAGAGAACGUGGAAUAUUCCAGAUUCAACUGGUUCGGCAAACUUGUGAGAAGAGUUGACCUUUGUGAUUAUACAUCCUAGCGCUUGGACCUGAUGUCCUAGACUGCAGCACUGUGUCAUUGUUGAGUCGGCACCAUUCAGGGACGUUGAUCUCAAUCACGGUGUCCACUAGAGGGCGCCAACACACCAUUUAGUAAUUAGCCUCCAACUGCCGCCAGGCGUUUUUUGACCUUUCUAACCGUUCACUAGUUUGGGUUUUUGUCUAGAUCAUUAGUUUAGCAAUGGCCUUAUGUUCGCCUCAUCCACUCUGAUGACGGCAGAAAUACGCAGGUUUUGGAGGAAUCUUUAUUUUCUUUCACAAGACUUUGCAGUGCUAACAACAGAAGGCAAAACCAUGGUUAAAUGUUUUUGGAGUCGCUCCCAUCGUGUUGGUUACUCCUAAUUCUUAGUGUUGAUAUCCCUGUUAGCCAAUAAGUCAUGGACAGCUUUUCUAGGGGGGAAGGGUGCUGAUGUGCAUUCAAAUCUUGACCUGUGUACUCAUUUCCAUUUGAUUCAUUUCAUAUGAAGUAUGUAUUUUUGUGUGUUUUCAUUCUCAUUUGAAUGUCAGUCUGUGUUGCUACGUCGAUUUGCUGUUGAAUACUGCAAAUACUAAUUGAAGGUAUUUUCCUUGAUUAUUUAUAAAAGUGCCUUAUCCUUGACAGAAAGACAGCCAACCAACGUAUGAGAAAAAAUCAUCAUGGAUAAUAUGUGAUUAAUAUAAUACUACACACUUGUUUUUACUAUCGAUUACAAAAAUAUAAAAUGGGCAAAAUAAUGUCUAACCCCU